GAGACAGCGCGCGCGCAACUCAGUAGGAGGCAGCUUGCGCUCGCUUCGGGUCGUUGGUAAUCAGGCGUUUCGUCUAUUUGCCGGCUGUAGUGCUCCGACCGCGACUAGUACUGCAUCGUUAAAAAUGACGAUAUUUACACCGCAUUAAAAUAACGUGACCCCUUUUAAUACGCGGACACAUAGACUUUUGUUUGUAACUUUUUGUAAAACUUUAUAAUUUUUAAAAAUGGUUAGUGGCAAUAAAGAUCCAAGUGAUCUAAAAAAAGUGCCACCAAAGAAUCGUGAGAAGAAGACCAACAAUUACAAGAGAGCAAAUAUUUUUUCAAAAACAUGGUUCGUGUGGAUGAUGCCCACUUUCUGGCGAGGCUACAAGCGGGACCUGUACGACGCCGACCUCACCAAGCCCAAAGACAGCCACCUCUCCGACAAGCUCGGCGACCGCCUCGAAAAAAAAUGGCUGGAAGAAAUUGCACUAGCGAGCAAGCAGGGCCGUAAACCAUCGUUACUUCGUGCAAUGACCAAGGCUUUCUGGAUGAGUUACGCCCCCUCCGGCGUCAUGUUCCUCAUACAGGCACUCAUACUCAAACCUUUUCAACCAGUGGCGCUGAGUCUGAUGCUGACGUACUGGGAGCCAGGUUCCACGAUGUCGUACGAGCAAGCGGUGUACUGCGCUACCUCGGUCAUCAUGAUGUCUCUCUUCAUAGCGUUCCUGAACCACCACGGCACUUACUCCACACAACAAUUCGGCAUGAAAGUUCGAAUUGCUGCUUGCUCGCUUAUCUACAGAAAGGUGAUGCGCAUGAGUUCCGGUGCGCUCGCGCAGACAACGGCGGGUCAAGUUGUGAAUCUUCUAUCAAACGAUGUGAACCGUUUCGACUACGCCUUCAUUUACACUCACUUCAUCUGGCUACUUCCCCUGCAAGUGAUCGUGGUCUGCUACCUCAUAUACUUGAAGAUCGGAUAUGCAGCCAUCGUUGGUGUCAUCGGCAUUGUAUUGCAGACCAUACCGGUUCAGUCUUACAUGAGUAAAUUGGCGGCAAGGUUACGAAUGAGGACCGCGUGCAAAACUGACGAGCGCGUUCGAAUUAUGGACGAAAUUAUUAGCGGCAUGCAGGUGAUAAAAAUGUACGCGUGGGAGAAGCCGUUUGAGCAAGUGGUAGCUUUGGCUCGCAAGAACGAAAUCAACUGCAUCACGUCAGCGUCCUAUCUCCGCGGAGUAUACCUCAGCUUCAUGGUGUUCACCGAGAGGCUCACCCUGUACAUCACACUGCUCUCCUACUCAUUAUUCGGCUACCAAGUCACUGCAGAUAUUGUUUUCCCAUUGGCGCAAUUUUUCAACACUCUUCAAGGAACCCUUUCGAUAAUCAUGUCGAAUGCUGUUUCAUUUUUGGCAGAGGCGCUGAUAUCAGUGCAACGCCUAGAGGCAUUCAUGUUGUUCGAUGAACGAGAAGACCUGCGCAGUGUGCCAGACGUGGACAUAGCUAAAUUAGUACAAAGUGUGGACAACCAAAAGAAAAUGAAAAAUUUGAGUGAAGUGGAUCUGCGUCCUAACACUUUCAAGAAAAUUGAUGAAGAAGGCAUCUACAAUCCUGGUUUCGAGUGCAAUGACAAAGGCGUUCUCAGUUCGACGUUGUGCCCGAUGCCAGUGAACCCCGACGUCGGUAUUCUGAUCCAGAACGUGAGCGCCAGCUGGACUGACGACGGACCCAUCACCUUGAACAACCUCAACCUCACUGUGCCUAAAGGAAAACUAUGCGCAAUCAUUGGAUCUGUUGGCUCUGGAAAGAGUUCUAUUCUUCAAUUGCUCCUGAGUGAACUGCGUUCAACUAAUGGCCGUAUUUAUUUAUCUGGACCACUAUCCUACGCCAGCCAAGAACCCUGGUUAUUUGUUGCCACAGUUAGACAAAAUAUUUUGUUUGGACUACCGUACAACUCCAAAAAGUAUAAAGAAGUAGUCAGAGUUUGUGCUCUGCAGAAAGAUUUCCAACAGUUUCCUCACGGUGACCAGACACUAGUAGGAGAGAGAGGAGCUUCCUUAUCCGGGGGGCAAAGAGCUCGCAUCAACCUCGCAAGAGCUGUGUACAGACAGGCUGAUAUAUACCUAUUGGAUGACCCCCUGUCAGCGGUAGAUGCGCACGUUGGUCGGCAGUUGUUCGACGAGUGCAUCAGUGGCUAUCUGCGACACACGACCCGCGUGCUGGUGACGCACCAGCUGCACUACCUCAAGGCUGCUGACUACAUCGUCAUCUUGAAUAACGGGUCUGUGGAUGCCAAGGGAACUUACGAUGAACUAGUAACAACGGGCAAAGAUUUCGCCAAGUUAUUGUCAUCCAGUCACGAUGAAAAUGAAGACAAGAAGGAUUUGGAGAAACCUCCGCCGAUGUCCAGGCGGACUUCUGCCAGAUUAUCGACAACGCGUCGUCCUUCGCUGUGUGAGUCGACGGGAGGUUGCGACGUCGCGCAAGAGAUGGAGGAAGAGGAACGCGAGUCGGGCUCUAUGGGCUGGCACGUCUACGGAGCCUACCUUCGCGCCGGCGGUCGCACUCCCCGACUACUCUUCAUGAUCCUACUGCUCGUGAUAGGCCAGCUGUCCGCCACGCUCUGCGACUACUGGGUCACAUUCUGGACAAACGAAGUCACAACUCUAAAAGAAGCAGCUACUAACAUCACCACUAAGGACUACCACGUGGACAGGUCACCGCCUCUACAUAAUGGAACCUUCAACUUAUCUAGCUACUUUUCCGGUGUUCAUCAGAAACCAGACUUAGACAUCCACGCUUUCAUCGGCCCUCUUGACACUUCGCAGUACCUGUACGUUUACUCAGCUCUCAUCGUCUGUUGCAUUUUCUUCAUCACGGCUCGGGCGUUCAUGUUCUUCAAGGUUUGCAUGACGGCCUCCCGCAAUCUGCACAACGACAUGUUCCAUUCUAUGCUCAGAGGCGUCAUGAGAUUCUUUGACACGAACUCGUCAGGACGUAUAUUAAACAGAUUCUCCAAGGAUAUCGGUGCGCUGGACGAACUGUUACCGCGGUUCCUGCUAGAAUGUAUCCAGAUUUACCUGGUAAUGUUCAGUAUACUGGCCCUUAACGCGGCGGCUCUCAUCUGGACUCUUCUACCUACCACCAUCAUCUUGCUACUCUUCUACACAAUUCUACAAAUAUAUCUGAAGUCGGCCCAAUCUAUCAAACGGCUUGAAGGCACAACCCGAAGUCCAGUGUUCUCCCAUAUGUCUGCAACCCUCAAUGGUAUUAGUACCAUCAGGUCAGCUGGUGCAGAAAAAAGAUUGAUUCAGGAGUUCGACAGGUUCCAGGACAUACACACGUCCACGUGGAGCAGCUACCUCGCCAGCGGAGUCACACUGGGCUUCUGGUUGGACUUCAUCUGUGUCAUAUAUCUCACUAUCGUCAUCGUCGCCUUCCUCGUCAUUGACAGUAAAACGAUAUUCUCUGGAAACGUCGGAUUAGCUAUCUCGCAGACUCUGAUCCUGACUGGAAUGCUGCAGUUUGGGGUCCGACAGACCGCAGAAGUGAUAUCUCAAAUGACAAGCGUUGAAAGAAUACUGCAGUACACGCAUAUAGAACGCGAACCCAAAUGGGAAAAAGGAGAUAAGGAAGCGCCCAAAGACUGGCCAUCAAAGGGUCGCAUCGAGUUCAGAAACUGCUACAUGAAGUACACGCCUGAAGACUUGCCAGUGCUCAAGAAUCUCAACCUAGUUUUAGAAAGCGGAUGGAAGGUUGGUAUUGUCGGGAGAACUGGCGCAGGCAAGUCGUCACUGAUCUCCUCGUUGUUCCGCCUCGCUAUUGUCGAGGGAGAAGUCCUUAUUGAUGACGUCAACACCAGCUACCUAGCGCUACAGGAGUUGCGAUCGAAGAUAUCCAUAAUACCUCAGGAACCAGUGUUGUUUUCCGCGACUGUUCGCUACAAUUUAGAUCCAUUUAACAAUUAUGAAGACGAGCAACUUUGGAAGGCACUGGAAGCUGUGGACCUAAAGGCUGCAGUGCCGGCACUGGAUUUCAAGGUAUCGGAGGGAGGCUCCAACUUCUCGCUAGGACAGCGCCAGCUGGUUUGCCUAGCGCGCGCCAUCCUGCGCGGAAACCGAAUCCUGGUGCUCGACGAAGCCACUGCUAAUGUUGACCCUAAGACGGAUGAAUUUAUCCAAAGAACCAUAAGGACACGUUUCGCCGACUGCACUGUGCUGACAGUGGCUCACCGACUGAACACCAUCAUGGACUCGGACCGGGUCAUGGUAAUGGACUCCGGCAGGCUGGUGGAGUUCGACCACCCCUACCACCUUCUCAACAACCCCGAAGGACACUUUACCAAGAUGGUGAAGGAAACCAGUGAAAAAAUGUCCGCCCAACUGUAUCAAAUAGCAAAGAACACAUAUCUUGACAAUGGCGGAGUCAUAUAACAGUGGUUUUCUUAAUAAGUAAAAUAAGUUCUUUUUAAGUAGUUUUAAUUGCCAUUGUGUUGGAAUAAUGUUUUUGAAAUACUAUGUUAUUUUAAGGAUUUUUGUACCUACAUGAACAGUUACAUCUACGCGAUAAAUAUUGACUACGUACUACGUUAAGAAAUCUCGAGAAAAUGCGGACGGAUGCUCUGUUUAUCUUACGCGGAGACACCAUACAAGUAUUUUAAGAAGUGUGAUAUGUAUUGUAACCCUAUUAUAUUUUCUGCAUUUAAAAUUACUUACAUAAAUAUAUAUAAAGUAUGUCGAACAAUGUAGCAAUUUUAAAGUAUACUAUAAACCUCCUAUAAUAAGAGAAUUAAGCAGAUCGUAAGUGAUAUCAAACACAAACUGGUUAGUAAGAAUUCUAGCGAUGCAUUAUUCCAAUGCAGAUAAAAGAAUUUAUAUGAGUGUGAGUUUAGUGUUAAGUACAGUGCAGGAAAAAAAACUGUGUUAUUUAUUUAAUUAUGAAAUUGUAUCAUAUCAGUAAUGAUUUUUAAGUUUAAAAGUGACCAUUACGAAUGCCAUAGAGGUUACCCUCGAAAAAUAUAACAUAAGCUUUA